CACAGUUUCAUUUCUUCCUGGACGGCGUAUAGAAAGUACACGGUCGGAACGUGGUGAGGCGUGAAGCAGUUGCGUGUUGUCAUUCGGGGCUUUCGGACGUCUUGUUUUGUCGGGGUUGGGAAGUGAUUGUCCUCAGAGAAGUAUCAACUCUCACUGUAAACGGAAUGUUAUUCAAGUAAAUUUGUGCUCGACAAAUUCUCGAGAUUGUGUACACGCAUAAAAUUCUAAAUGUGAUGAAACUGCGAUAAGUCCUUUAGUUUUACAUGAAUCGUGAUCGUCAUUUUAAGGAGUCAAAAGGUUGAUCGUCCGUGUUUCUUCCAUUGCAUCAGCGUAAUUAUUACUAGUGUAUGAGUGAAAGUGCAUUAAAGUGUGUUAAAGAACGCCGUCUCGCCGCCAUCGACACCCCGUGCUGUGGACUCGCAUCAGCCACCGCGUCGGGAUAGGCGCACCUCGUGCCGUGUGUAGUUUUUGGUACAACUCCUUUUCUGGUUCUGCGAUUCGCACAGAAGCCAUUUUUGCUCUGGCCAACUUCUGAGUUAUACUUUAUUGUUAGACAACAAUGGAUCCCCUCAGUAUUGGGUCGAGUGCGCUAAGUUUGCAUCAGAGAGAGGAUGCUGAGCAACAAAACGAGGAUGCAUUCCGGGAAGUGAUAGUUAGUUGCCGAUCUCUUUCUAAUUAUGAACCUUCGAAUAUAAAAAGUGCUUUGCCACAAGCGUUCGCGGCAGUUGUAGCCGCCUCCUUCCACAUAGUCAUAGGUAUUUCAUUAGCAUAUUCUGCAAUUUUCAUUCCACAAGUUGAAGCCGAGGAUAGUGAUCUCAAAAUAACAAAGCAACAAUCAUCAUGGAUAGCUUCUAUUAUUGUAAUUGCUGUUCCGGUGGGCUGUCUGUUUGCUGGCGGUUUAAUGGAAUGGAUAGGUAGAUUGAACACUAUUAAAAUAGCAGCGAUACCAUGCUGUUUAGGAUGGAUAGCAAUAGCUUUAGCGCAGGACUUUUAUGUUUUGUUGCUGGGAAGAAUAAUUACAGGACUGGGAUGUGCCAUUGGCACGAGUCCAGCAAUUGUUUAUAUUACAGAAGUUUCACGCCCAGAUUUGCGAGGUUCAUUGAUUUCGACCGCUCCGACAAUAGCGUCAUUUGGAAUGAUUAUUGCUUAUGCAAAAGGUGCCUUCUUGAAUUGGCGACUGGUCUCGUGGUUAAAUAUAAUUUAUACAAUAUUGCCAAUAAUUGCUGUUCAAUUAUUUGUACCUGAGUCACCUGUAUGGUUAGUGUCCAAGGGUCGCAUGGAAGACGCGGCCAAAUCUUUGAAAUAUUUAUAUAAGAAUUAUCCUCAACCAGAGCAUACAACACAAACUUUGGCCGAUAUGCAUUUGCAUGCUCUUCAACGUGAACAUGAAACGAAACUAAUGAACCGGAUGAAGAAUUCAUCGAAAGCCGAUUUUCAAACGAAAGGAUCUUCAUGGAGAAGUUCAAAAUAUGCUGGUUUUUUGAAACCAACGGGAUAUAAACCGCUAUUUGUUUUAUUUUGGCUAUUUUUGAUUCAACAAUACAGUGGAAUAUACAUUACGCUGUUCUAUUCGGUGACUUUCUUUCAGGAAGUUGGGAGCGAGAUCGACGCCUUUACUGCUUCAAUUUUCGUUGGCGUAACGCGUUUUGUUAUGUCUUUGGGCAAUGCAUGGCUGUUAAAACGUUUCAAACGCCGUCACCUUGUAAUGACAUCAUCGCUUGGAAUGGCCGCAUGCAUGUUCGUUUCGGGAGCAUUUACAUUGUGGCUAAAACAAGGUGUCACAGCUCAAUAUUGGGUUCCUGUUCUCUGCUUCUUACUUUAUGUCUGCGCAUCUAUGAUAGGUCUUCUCAGCAUUCCAUGGACGAUGACUGCAGAAUUAUUUCCAACCGAGAUUCGAGGAAUUGGCCAUUCCGUUGCUUAUUCCAUGGCUAAUGUGCUGAUGUUUAUCUCUAUUCAAAGCUAUCGUCCUAUUUCGGAAUUGGUAGGUGGUGCCUAUGCUGUUCAGUGGAUGUUUGCUAUAGUCUCAGUGAUAGGAUUUUUCUUUGCAUUGAUAUUUUUACCUGAAACUCACGGUAAAAAACUGUCAGAGAUUGAAGCUUACUUUAGCGGCAAAAGCGACAAACAAAAGAAUACUAUAACGAACAAUAGAAAAAAUACAGCCGUCGCAAACCGUAAACCAAAGCAAACGUUAGAGACAGUCAAGGAGGCUGAACGCAUGAUAAAGAAUAAAGAAACUGUAUAAGUGAUAUUUGAUGUGAACUUAGCUUGAAAUGUGGGUUCAUCCUCACUUUAUCUUAUGUUUGUCAUGAAAUUAAUGCGGUUGAAUUCCAGCAUUGUCAAUAUUUUCACCAGUCACGACAGUAUUUUUUAAGUGUAAAAAAUUGUCAUUUUGAUAGUGUAUAAUAGUGUGUGUAGUUUGAAUGGGCUUUUGAUUUCUUUAAGUCCCUUUUAAUUAUGAAAUUCGUUUUGAGAUCAUAUUUCAACAAAUUGAGGCUAGGCCGUUUGAAUGUACUUAAGCACCCAAAUUCAAGUCAGGAUACAAUAUCAAAGGAGAAACAUAGAAACUUAGAGAUUCUCGAGAAUAUAAAACUAACGAGCGUGUACUUACAAAUUAAAUACCCUCACAAGGAAGAUACCAAGUAAUGUAUUUACGAAUAAGCUAAUAACAAAAAUCACAAAUUUUGAUUAGCACAAAUAAUUUCUACUAAAACAUUUUUUCUUAUUGACAGACCGUAUUUUAUAAAUUUUAUAUUUAACAUGAUAUGACGAAAGUAUUAGUUACGAGAAAUCAUAGUCAUAAACAAGGCAGUACUAUACAUUUUUUACUACAGAAUUGUCCGUACUUUUUGCUAAGGUGAACACUUAAAACAAUGGAAUGUGAUAAUAAGAAAAUUUCUUUCGUCUAUCCUUUUAAAAGACAACUUCGUGAUAAAAACGAGGAUAGCGAAAGUGCACAUUUUAUAUUUAUUUUGUGUAGAUUAAUAUGCAGCGGAAGAUUUAUUUUUGAACAGAUUCAUCGUUCGAAGAUAUCCCACGCAAAUAAUGAUAGUAAGUAGAAUAUUGUUAGUAAAUAGAAAAUUCCAUAAAGCUCUACUAAUGUAACUUACAAUGAUAUCCAGAUUGUACUUUUUACAAUCAUAAAUAUAUGAUAUAUUUUGUGACAAAUUAUGUUUAAUAACAGGA